GCGACCAUGUCCCGAUCCGCCGCGGAUGCAACGCGGUUCACGGCCACGGGGCCCUACGCCAGCUCGAAGAACAAUGGCACACCAUAUGAUUUGCCGGAAUCCAUGAAGUCGAAGACAACGAAUACACAGAAGUCGGCGCCUCAAUCUGGGCCCGAUGGAUCCCUCGAGACUCCUAAGCAGAAGGUGGAACGACUUCGAGCUCAGGCACGGGCUGCUCGGAUGGCUCAGUCUUCGUCUGGAGUGGAUCGAUUAAUUGAUGUUGGACGACGAUUCGCCAAUAAGGCACACAAGGGAAUGGUUUACUCUUUGAUUCUUGCGUCGGGUACCUGCGCUGUUCUUACUGCCUACUCAAUGGUCUCAUUGACACUUUACAACCGCCGCCAACGCACACUGUGGAUCGAGAAGGAGACCGAGACUCUCAACCAAGCCCGCAUCGCACAGGCCAACGGCUCUGCAACCCUGGAACAGAUCGAGCUUAUAAAGAAGGAGGAUAUUGAGGAUAUCGUGAAGCGAAACCGCGACGAGGAGAAGGCACAACGCCCCUGGGCUAAGGCGAAGCGAUUCCUAUUCGGCAAGAUGAACGCGGAGGAUACCGGUGCUACCGGGGCACAGACUGCCACCACUUCAACAGUUGAGUCAUCAAGUAUAAUUGAUGCUGUUGAGGCUAAGAAGGCCUUCGAUGCCGCUGCUGCUAAGACCGGUGCACCGAUGCCAGGCCAGUUGGAUGUUAUGGCUGAGAAUGCAGAGCAAGUCGCGAAGGAGAAGUCUAAGGGGUGGUUUAGCUGGGCUACCGGUCGGUAG